CGUAAUGCGGAUGUAAACAUUACUUGACUCACGUGGAUGGAGGAGAAAAAGGCAACAAUGCCACAGACGGUGGAGCGUUUCGUCAGUCCUGGGAAAGGGAACGGACUUCGUGCCACUGCCAGGAUGAGCAGAGGUCAGCUGGUGAUGUCCGCCGAGCCGCUGGCGUCCUGUGUGUCCAACAAACAGGCCAGAGAAGUCUGCCACCACUGCUUCACACGAAGUGAAACCUUGUUGAGGUGUUCCCAAUGCAAGCUGGCUCGCUACUGCAACACAACCUGCCAGAAACAAGCCUGGUCAGAGCAUAAGGAGGAGUGUAAGUGUCUGCGUCGCCUCCUGCCCAGACUUCCUACUGACUCCGUCCGUCUGGCUGCCAGAGUCAUUUUUGCUCUGUUAAAUCCCAAGAGCAGAACUGAUGAGCUCUAUACGUUAGAUGAGCACAAAUCACACCUGGAUUCCAUGUCUGAGCAGAAGAAGGAAGGUCUGUCUCAACUGGCAGCCAUGUUGGAGCUGUACACACAACAGGAACUUUCUAACCUUACACAGGAAAUGACAUCAGCCCUGCCUCCCUCCUGCCACGAUGCCCUCAGCCUUAUUGCAAAGGUGACGUGUAAUUGUUUCACCAUCAGUGACGGGGAGCUGCAGGAGGUUGGCGUCGGGCUCUAUCCGAGUUUAUCUCUAUUAAACCAUGACUGCAGGCCAAACUGUGUGAUGGUGUUUGAGGGAACAAAAAUUCAGCUCCGAGCUGUGCAGGAUGUCAACCCUGGAGAUGAGCUGACUAUAAGUUACACUGAGACGCUGUCCCUGACUGAGGAUCGACGGAAGCAGCUGGAGGACCAGUACCACUUUACCUGCCACUGUCAGCGAUGUGAGUCUCCAGAAGAGGAUGGACUCAUGCUGUCAGGAGAAAAAGCAAAAUGGAGCCCACUGAAGGAGGCUCUGCUGAGACUGGAAGGACUGAAAACACAGUCCAAUUGGAAAGAGUUGUUAGAGAGCUGCAGCCAUCUGUUGGCAGCUGUCAGUGAUGAAGUUCCUGAUGAGAAUCUCUACAAGCUCAGGAUUACAGACAUGGCUUUAGACACCGCCGUUCACCUGGGACUGUGGGAGGAGGCUUUGAGAUACGGCAAGAAGACACUUCCAGCCUACAGGCUGCACUACUCUGAUCCACAUCCUGUUCAUGCAGUUCAGCUGAUGAGAGUGGGAAAGCUGCAGCAUUACCUGGAGCACACUGAGGAUGCUCUGGACACGUUCAAACAGGCCUUUAAAAUCAUGAAGGUCACUCAUGGGGAAGAUCACCCCCUGACCUUUGACCUGCAGAUGAAGAUGGAGGAGUGUCGCUGUGAGACAGAUCACCAGUCGCCUGGCAAACAUUAAGAAAGACAUCAAACUGAUAAAAAGAGUAGUAUUUGUACAUAUUUUUACAUUUUCUAUCUGCAGUCACACAAUAAAUAUCAACUUAAACUUUGAA